AUGGCGAAACCUAUUGGCGAGAUCAUCGCCGAGAUACGGGCGCUGGCCAAGAAGAACAAGUUCAAGGACAUUGUCAAGAUACUUUCGGAUCUUGCUCAUAAGUACGAGAAGAACCCCAAGAAGCUGAUAGCAGUGCUAACUAUGCGCAUAUACUACAACAUACAGCUCAAUGCGAACCAGAGUAUCGUAUCGGACUUGAACAUGAUAAAGUCGCCUUAUAGCGACAAGUGGAAGUACGAGAGCUACCCUGACGUCAAUGGCGACAGGAAAGGCAGCAUGUGCCCCUUCAGCCUCUACCUCAUGUACUCAUAUUACCCGUACCUCGUGGGAUCGACAUACACCGCGCUCGACAGGCUAAACACACUAUGGCAGCACCUGGAGAACGAACUCAACGAGGGUAGUCAGCCGCGAGACGUUCUUGUCCCGCGCAUUAUACGUGUCGGACUGUUGGUAGCCGACGUGCUCAUCAGCGAAAAGCGCCACCUCGCUGGAUCACGCCACCAACGCCAUGCUUGGGCUCGUCUACGGCCAGAUAGGAGAUGGCGCAAACGCGCAGAAACACAUGGAAAUCGCAAUGGAGCUUGGAUCGCCGCAAACCGAGAUAUAUCGUGCAAGGCCGAAGUGGAUCUUGAAGAAAGCCUGCUGGUCUCUGAGUGCGAGAACAUGCUCAUCAACAACGCGGCAGUAUCGCUCUUCUACAUGAACCGCACCGCGGCCGCGAAAACGACCAUUGACUCAUGUAGACACAUAUGCAAGAACGCCAAGCUCUUCAGGGGAAUCAUGCUUAACGCCGCAAUGCUGAAAGGAUUGGCGGUCGAUAUAGACACUAAAUAUGCCGAGGAUGAUGCCAAUUGA